UUUUGCGCCUUGGUUUUUCCACACGCUUCUUGCGACCCUGUUGACUAUUUUGAAUGAAACACUUGAUUGUUCGAUGAUCACGCUUCAGAAGCUUUGCAAUUUUAAGACUGCUGCAUCCCUCUGCAAGAUAUCUCACUAUUCUUGACUUUUCUGAGCCUGUCAAGUCCUUCUUUUGACCCAUUUUGCCAAAGGAAAGGAAGGUGCCUAAUAAUUAUGCACACCUGAUAUAGGGUGUUGAUGUCAUUAGACCACACCCCUUCUCAUUACAGAGAUGCACAUCACCUAAUAUGCUUAAUUGGUAGUAGGCUUUCCAGCCUAUACAGCUUGGAGUAAGACAACAUGCAUGAAGAGGAUGAUGUGGACAAAAUACUCAUUUGCCUAAUAAUUCUGCACUCCCUGUAUUUAUUUAGGUAGGAGUUUGUUGACUGCCACCUGCUGGAUGGUGAGUGCAGAAAGGCACAUAAUCUUUGAACUGCAACCAGCAAACUGCUUUGCUGAUGCACUGUCAGUAUUCUUUGGGUCAUUUUAUGUCCUGAAUCUGGAAUACCAGGAGGCAGCAUGUGCAACAUUGGAGUUAAUUCAAAGGUAUGUCAUAACAUUUAUAUGAUCAGUGCUAUGAUGAAUGAACUAUCCCCAAGUUAGUCGUCAUUUUCCUACAAACCCAGGGUUCUUGAAUUAUACUGAUUUAUAUCCUUAAGAUUUUUUGUUAGAAUUAACCCCGAAGAAGGGACAAAAUGUACAUCCAAAUCUGGCACAAGCAGGAAGACUGGGACAAGUGUGAAGCGGAAGGUUGUCCACAUUAAUCCUCGUGUCACAACUUUUCUCCAAAGGCCGACAGAAUUUCAGUGGAAAACCUCAAACUAGGUAGCACAGUUUUCAUUUUUCUAAACUUGAUUGUAAUACAGUGCAUAAAUUAUGCAAAGCAGGCAAGGUGUUAAAGUGUAGCUUGUUGCUUUUUGGAACAUACCUGUCUCCACAGAUCACUCAUGGCCCAAGUUGUCUCGACAAGCUAAGAAGAAUGGUCAACCUCUCUCCCCAUGUUCCAAGAAACUGGCUGUUAAAUAUAUUUGUUUUUGUAUGACGCUUGUUGUUUUUCUUACCUUUGUCUUCCAAAUAUUUAAAAAAAAAAACACCAUAAUUUUGUAUUAUCUCUCCCUGGGGAAACUGAAUCACAGGCAAUUUAUUGGUAUGUUUUUCUGUUUUAAUGGAAGAAAUCAAGUAAUAAAAAAAAAGAUAAUCCAGUGCAUUUUGUUUACAUCUUGAUUUUAAAUAUAUCCAACAAUCACACAAACAAGUGUGCAGGUGUGUGUGUGUGCGCGCACACAAGUAUAAACCUUUUAUUUUGGGAGCCUUUAUUUUAUUACAGUAUGUUACCAUUUACUCAUAUCUUAGUAAAAUAUGACAUGAAAAAGGUAAAUUACUGCUCACAAGAGCACAGUACCCUCUGACAGCGUUGACUAUUUUCAGUAGCAAAAGUGUAUGUUUACGGUAAAUCACUGGAAAAGGUAUUGCAGCAUACCUUGAAAUGAGCUUACGGUAACAUACCAUAAACAUACAGCACAACACAUAUUUAUUAAUCACAGUAAAAUGUUGCGUUAUUGAUGUAAUUUUCUUGUGAAAUAUAUUACGGUAUUUUACUGGCAACAGCAUCUCACCACCAUGCAGUCAGAGGGUUUUUUACAGCAAUAAAACAUACAGUAUAAUUCUGGGAUCAACACUAAGUGGUAAGUUACCGUUAACCAUGCAUCACGGUAUCAUGCUGGCAACAGUGUUGCCAGUUUAUUACCGUAAAGUGGAUAGGUAAAAUCUAACAGUGUAGGAAAUAUGAGUGUUUGUUUCUUAUGUUGUUUAUUUCACAUAAGACAGGACAGUAAGUCAUGUAAACUAAUCAUAACAUUAAUGAAAAAUAAGAUAAUCUGUUAGUGAUCAGCUGUUGCUCAGGUUUAGUAUGAACUGUAAACCUAGUUUUCCUGCAGCUCCUCAUCCAGUCUUUCCUCCUUUAUUUAGAUGGAACAUCCAAAUUUAAAGAAGGCUCAGAAUGGGACCCUGAUCCUCAAAGCCUCAGAUGAGGCAAAGGCCGUGGGACCCCAGAGGCAGGGGUACAGGGCCAAGCAGCCAGAGGAGGUGGAGGCAAGGGCCCACGUCGCCAGCGAGGGUAGCGAUGUCAACAACGCCACCGUCGUGCUGAGCCGGUGGAAGGUCCAGUUUGGGACGUACCAGGGCAAGACUUUCCACUGGCUCCUGCAGAACGACGUGGGCUACGCCGUGAUGGUGGUGGCUUCUCACCAGAAGGAGCGAGAGGGGACAGGCUCUCAGUCCCCUCUGAUGGCCAACAAGGACGCCUUCACCCGUUACUCCUUGGCGUACCCGGAAUUUGCUGAGGCAGUCCGGUUCCGGCAGGCGUUUGAGGAGGCGCGGGUGAAAUCCCUCCAGCCUGGUCAGGAGGGACAGGCCCUUGUUGGCUUUGGGGACUUCAAGUUUGAGAGCCAGCAGAGCCUGUACGACUCCAAGGACCCCAAAACGAUCCGGUGGUUACUUUUAUUAAUAAUGAUGAUGAUAUUAUUUAUAAUAACAGUAAUAAUCCACUUAGUUUGUAAGUUCCUUUCUAGACAGCCAUGGUCUCCCACCAAUAGAGUCAAAACACAACAACAACUUACAAAAGGACGGCGCCAGCUCCAGGCUCGCAGAUGGAGAACGCCGUCCGCUACGUGA